AUGUCAAGUAAACGUGAGGUUCAAAUCUCAAAGGCAUUGUCACUCCUUCUUCGUCAUAGCGCGGUGAAGGAAAAUAUCGAAAUCGAUCAAGAUGGGUUUGUGUUGUUAGACACUAUACUUAAUCAUAAUAGAAUCAAGACUCAUAAAGCUACACUUGAAGAAAUUAAAAGCAUUGUAGAAAAUAAUGAUAAAAAGAGAUUCCGUAUAGAAACUCGUGGCGAUCAAUUGUACAUAUGUGCAAACCAAGGCCAUACAAUCAAGGAAGUUGGAGAAGGUAAUCUUACCCAGCUCGUUAACCUUGAAGACUUCCCAUCGGUUAUCAUUCAUGGAACGUAUAAAAAGCAUUUACCAUUGAUUAUGAAGACAGGGUUAUCUCGUAUGGGUAGAAAUCACAUACAUUUCACUUUUGAAGAAACAAAUGAGUCAAAGGUGAUAUCAGGUAUGCGGAAAGGUUGCAAUGCAUUGAUCUAUUUGGAUAUUCCGAAGUGUAUCGAAAGUGGACUUCAAUUCUACAAGAGUUCAAAUAAUGUCAUAUUAUGCGCUGGAAAUGACAAGGGAUUUAUUUCACCAGAUUUAUUCUUGAAAGUUGUAGACAGAAGUGGAAAUGUUCUAGAAGCAGAGUAG